AUGCGAACCGGCUGGAUCACGGCGUCUGAGCAGGUUGUCGAACGUUUUGUUAGGCAUAGCGAAUGCAGCGUACAACAACCCGCGGGCCCAUCUCAAAUUAUACUUUAUAAGUUGUUGGAGGAGGCGUGGGGCCAUGGUGGGUACCUUGACUGGCUCAUCAAUCUCCGACUCGAGUACACAAAACGUCGUGAUACCAUCCUGCAUUCCUGCGAAAAUCACUUACCUCGCCCGAUAGCAAGUUGGGAUGCUCCCAUGGCAGGUAUGUUCCAUUGGAUUAAAGUCGAUUGGACCAAGCACCCUGCCUAUGGCUCCAAGCCGCUUCUAGAAAUCGAAGAUGAUAUUUUCAAGGCGACAGUAGAGAAAGGUGCUUUGCUAAGCAAGGGCAGCUGGUUUCGUGCCGAGCAAGGCCAUCCUGGUCAUGACAUGUUUUUCCGGACCACCUUUGCUGCCGCUCCGGAUGAUCAGAUCGAUGAGGGUAUUAGAAGGUUUGGUAGUGCCUUGCGAGAGGCUUUUGGCAUAUUGGAAAGUGCUACCAAUGGAACGACGUCUUGA